GCAAGAUAUUGCUAACAACUCGCAAUGAAAAUGUUGCUAAGCAUGUAGAUCAACAAUGCGUGCUUUAUAAAUUGAGGCACUUAACAGAAAAGGAGAGUUGGGAGCUGUUUGUGAAGAAAACAUUUCUGAGAAGACAAGGAUUCACAUUAAGUACAUAAAUGAUUGAGUUAGUGAAGGCAAUGGUCAAGCAUUGUGGUGGUGUACCAUUGGCAAUUGUGGUAUUAGGAGGACUUUUGACAACGAAAGACAAACUGGUUGAGUGGAAGAAGGUGAGUAAAAACAUUGGUUAUGACUUAGGUAAGGGCAAAAGCCAGGGAGGAAUUCCAAUAAUAGAUAUUUUAGCCUUGAGCUACCAAGACUUGCCUUACCAUCUUAAGGUGUGCUUUUUGUAUUUGAGCCAACUUCCUGAAGAUUAUGGCGUUGUUUGGUUUGCAAACCAAACAAGUUUGCGUACUUUUUAUCUCAAAAACAACUCUACAAACACAAACCAAACACACCCUAUGUUAUUCACGCAAAAAAAAUUGAUUCAGAUGUGGAUGGCUGAAGGCAUUGUGUUGCCGUCAUCGAUACCAACACGAGUAGGAGAAGUGGAAGAGGAAACAAUGUUCGAUGUUGGAAUGAGUUAUUUGGGUGAGCUAGUCCACAGAUGCAUGGUUCAAGUCCAAUUAACAAGGUUCAACAAAAAGAUUAAACUUUGUCACCUCCAUGAUCUCAUGAGAGACUUAUGCUUGUUGAAGGCCAAAGAGGAGAAUUUUCUUGAGACUGUUCACAUUAAAGCCUUUGGUCAUCAGCUCAUGUGGGUAGACCCUGCACUGCUUUCUUCAUCAUCAUUAACAACAAUUCGCAGAUUUGCCGUGUACUAUUUGGGUGACCGUGAUGCCAACUCUAUAGAAAACGGAAAUAUUAUUCCCCUAUUUGGAAAUGAAAUGAAGAAUCACCACCAUAUCCGAUCAUGCCAAUUUUACUCUUUUGGCAAUGAAUUGGAAAGUUCUGGCUGGCAAAAAUUAAAAUUACUCUUCAAGGGCCUCACAUUGAUUACAGUUUUAGACCUUGAAAGAAUUAUUGCAUCUGGGAAAGGAAAAAAGUUUCCAAGAGCAAUAGGAAACCUAAUUUACUUGAGGUAUUUAAGUAUAAGAGAAUCUGAUACUAUUACAAGUUUGCCUUCCUCUAUAGGCAACUUGGGAUUCCUCCAAACCCUAGAUUUAAGGAGAUGGAGCAUCAGCAGUUUAAGAAUACCUAAUGUCUUGUAGAGGUCGAAACAAUUGAGACAUCUAUAUCUUCCUUCUCGAAUCAAGUUGGCUGGAACAAAUAAAUUGCGGUUGGAUAGUUUAAACAAACUGGAGACGCUAGAAUACUUUGAUACAGAGUAUUGUGAUGUCAGAUGCUUAUCUAAAUUGACAAAUCUUCAAAAAUUCAGUGGUGAGGUAGCCCCCGAAGACUUGGCCGUGAUGUUGAAAUCCCCAAUCCUCAACAAUUCAAACUGCCUUCUGCAAUAUUCGCCCUUCUAGAUUAGUGGAGAUUUCGAAACAGAAGAAGAACAAAGCCUUUUAAAGCAACUUUUAGGAUGCCACCAUCUUCGCCAAUUGUCAUUAUGGGGGUACCUG